UGUUACCUGCCCUGUGAAAUGAGGUAGCACAUGGAAGGCACCUGGCCCAGUCCGUGGCACCUGAGAGAUCCUUGAGAAGUAUUCGUUCCAUUGCCCCGUUUCCUCUCUUUGCCUUCAUACCUUCUGGUGCUUUAGUUAACCUCAAAGAUAAAAAUAUUACCAUGGGUACAAGAUAGGGAUUUUUAUUCGCUCUGCUGUUUAGAGAAAGAAACCUGAACUUUUCUCAAGGAACCGAGGUUGCAGAGCGGAUCUGUAAGGAACGUGGGACAAGAAGCCGCAUGCGCCUCUCUUCGGAAAGCUUCCUCCUCACCCCCUGCCCCUGCCCACACACGGGCUCGCAGCGGCCAGCUGGGCCUCUGGAGAGGCCGCCACCCUGUCCCGUCCUGAAGGCGUCCCCCAGGCAGAGGACAGUGUGCCCGGCUCCAGCGGUAAGCACCCCACUCUGCGGCCCCGAGGGAAUCCAGCGCGGGGCUUGGUCUUUCCCCACCCCCUCCUCCGGGCUGCCCGCGUGGAGUCCCAUCUGGAAUGCGGAGGAAGAAUUCCCUGCAGCAAACGCACAGCUCGACCCCUCCCUCCCCGCAAGGCCUCCCUCGCCGACUCCGUGCCCAAUUUCAGCCCCGAGGGGCGCGAACAGCAGGUGCUCGGGCCGCCCUCGCCCUCGGUGUUCUGGGAGCCCAUUGUCUAAUUUUGCUCGGGCCUGGCCCGCUUCCUUUUUAGUCCCGGGCACGUGGGCAGAGUACGAGCGAAUUGGCAGGGCUGCUCCAAACGCCAGAGAACGCGGGCGCUGCCUGCUCGCCGGCGGGAGGGCCGUGUGCCCAGCCCGCGCCCUGCCGUUUCCGAGGCCGGGGCGAGGCCCCCUGCGGGGCGAAGGCUUCGCAGGGAAAAUCGGGUCCCGGCAGCCGGACAGGGACGACCCCCCGAGGAGGGAGACGCAGCUGCUCGCGAUGGCCGGUCAGACGGAGGGGAAUCGACCUGGGACAGGGAAGGGGCCCUGGAGGGACAGAGGCGAGCGCAUCCCCCAGCCCCCGGUCCGGCAGAAGCCACGCGGACCCCCAGGUUGCCGGGCGACGGUGGGGGGAAGAGGAGGCCGCCGCCAGCCCCGCAGCACCAGCGCCCUCACCUCGGGGGGACCGAAGCGUCGAUCCCGCCUGCGGACGGCUGGGGGCGCUGCGCGUCAACCGGAGGCCCGGGCGAGGCAGCGGCUCCCGGGGAGAGGGCCCCGCGGCGGGGGCGGCUGCGCAGGGCGCGGCCGGGUGUCUGCGGGUCCCCCGGGGCCUCGGAAGUCGCCCGCCGUUCCCCGGCGCCGAGCUAAGGGCUUUUCCUCGCGGUGUCGCUGA